ACGAGGAGCCCUAAUCCGCCGCGAACUUCAGAGUACUUAGUUUCUGGGGGCUACGUGGGUAGGGAAUUGGCUGGUUGUAUUUAGAGGGACUAUCAAUGGACACCCAAAAGGACGUUCAACCCCCGAAGCAGCAGCCGAUGAUAUAUAUCUGCGGAGAAUGUCACACAGAAAAUGAAAUAAAAUCCAGGGAUCCAAUCAGAUGCAGAGAAUGUGGAUACAGAAUAAUGUACAAGAAAAGGACUAAAAGAUUGGUGGUUUUUGAUGCUCGAUGAAACAUGGAAUUCAGAGGAUUAUCUUCAUUUGUACUUGGAUUUGCUAUUAAUGUAUAGCUUUUGAUUAGUGUAUAUAUCUUUACAAAUACAAAUAACAUUUCAUUUUAAAAUCCAUCUUGUAUUUAGAUAUCUAUUUAAUAGUUUCUAUAAAGAAAAGUUUUUUGUUCAAUUA